AAAUCCUAUAAUACCCUAAUAUAGAUUAAUGUUAAAAGGUAACUUUCUCAGGAAAUAGUUUUUCUAUCCUGCCAAUCACGCAUUUGUCCUAACCCGUGUCGAAAAUUAUUGUAGUGAAAGCUUUAUGAACACAUCUUUUGUUUGUCUUUUGUCAGGUCGGGAGUACUCUUGUCUCUCCAUGUUGCCAGGAUGGGUAGAAGCUCUGUUGCUACUCAAACAAAUGAUAUUGUGCCGAAUGAUCUUCAUUUUCGCCAAUUCGAGUGACUUGGUUCAGAAAGCUCAGUCUGUUAAUGACAGAAUUGUGUUAUCACUUGUUUCUCUGUGAUGUUGUGAUCUUGCCACGUUUUUGGCGCGAAUAAUAAGGACUUUAUAGCUUAAAGGUUGAUCAAGAGCACCUCGAUGUACGACCACCAUUCUACUAAAUGAUUUCAGUUCAUUAUGUCUUCGAACAAAAACAAGGAGGACAAGAAUAUAGUCCUGAAGCAAUUGCUCAGAGAUUUAAGAAGUGACUUCACGAAGGUCUGUGAUUUGUUCGAACGGAUUAUAGAUUUUAACCAAAGUCCAACGAGUGAGUCUGCCAAGAGAAAAUUAGAUUUGGAAAUUGAUAGAAUCAAAGCACUUUCAGAGCAAUGUGUGUCGGACGCAUCUAAUCUGAAGGAAUUUGAUGUUGAGGAAACCCAGGCUGAAGGACAAAAAGAUAUACCAGAAUAUGAUAAAGUGUACGUCAAGCAGGUUAACGGUAUAGUCACAAGCAUCAAUACAUUAAAGAAACAACUGGUCAACUACUUACAGGAAAAAUCUGAAGCCGAAGAAAAUAUUUCAAAGGAAAACUUCAAACUAAGACUUGACUUGCAGAAAGAACAAGCCGAGUCUAUGCAUCAGAGACAAAACCAUGAUUAUGCAGUCACAGAGAAGAACACGGUACUAGCGACAUGUCGAAAACUCGAAGAACAACUCGAAGAAAGAUCCAGACAAAUACAACAGUUACAGCGCGAAGGAACAGUUAGUCUUUGGCAACGAGAAAAAGCCAAACUAGUAAAGGAUAUCAAUUCAAAUGAGGAACAGCUGACUAAAGAACUGAAAGAAGUAAAAGAACAACACGAGGAAAUCAAAACAAGACUAAACAGACGAAUACAGGAUUUAAGUGAGCAGGUAAAAUUUCUGAAAAUGGAACGGGAUGUGAAGAACGGUGCUGUAAGAUUACACGGUAAAGCCGGUAAUGCAUCACAAAGUGAACUGGAGAAAAUGAAACAGCAGUUGUUCAUGAAGGACAGGUAUCUUCUGGUGGCAGAAGGAGAACUGCAAAAACAGCAGAAAUAUUAUGUUGGAUUUCUGAGUGGAAUUAGUCGAGAUUUCAGGAUAAUGCUUGAACGUCAACACUUGACAGUCAAGGACUACAACAAGGACCAGAAGGCCUUUGCGUCCAUGUUGAACAAGAUGUAUGUGGCAGUGAAAGAAGGAAGGCUCUCCGACUUCAGAGCAACGUUGCCCUCACAUUAUCUAGGAAUCAACGUGGAGUUGAGUGGUCAUCCCUUGGGGAAGAAGCUCUCUCGACCCUUUAUGGACCUCGAAAAACACCUGGAGGAAGUAGAGAACACUGAUCUCAGAAUCGAUGUCAACCAUCCUUUACUGUACGGAUGGAGGGAAGGCAAAGGAGAUUCAGCUGAAGGACGACGCGGUUCAAAAUCGGCUCAAGUCAGUGGAGUUCAUCCACAGCUCGUUGACAUGAAGCAAUGCAAACCUUUAACAAAAGAAACGCUUGAACACUUUCCUGAAUGGUCAGAAAACCAAAUUGAAGAAAUGUUUGCACAGUUUAAAUCAUUUGAUGCGAACGGAGAUUUUCAUCUAGACACACAAGAGCUGCUUCGAGCAAUUCCAGACACGUUAGGAAGAAUGGCGACCACUGAAGAAAUUAAGGAAGCCAUGAUGGAGGUUGACAUAGAUUCCUCGGGGACGGUGGAUUUCUACGAGUUUCUUUGUGUUGCCAGGUUAAUCAGUCAAGGAAAAGGUAGGAUCGUGAUCUAUUCUAACUCACGACCAAUGGUAAAGAAGGGUCUAGACUCUGCCUUAUUUAGUGAUAGGGAUAAGUAACACCAAGCCAGAUAUGAGGCAUGUCAUGUGACAAUACGAGUUACAUAAUCUUCAAUUGGAUUGAUUAACUCUGUGUGUAGGACCCUAGGUUAGUCUGUGCAUUGAGGCACUGUUAGGCUACAGAAAGAACUGUGGGGGAUGAAGGAAAGAGAAAAACUUCCCAUAAAAA